GUUCAUUUUCUUUUCUUUUCUCAGAGUGAAUGCUUCAAUUUAGAACAACAGAUCGACUUCUUUAAGGAGACUGUACAAGAAGACUUGCCAUAUUUGAUUCCAGACCCUGAUGCUCGCAAACAGUAUCUUGCCAAAUCUAUCUUUUUCAUUUCCAUGGGAGCCAAUGACUACUUUUUCACUUAUCCUAAAUCAAACACAAAGGACCCUAAUGAGUUUGCAAUCUCUCUCAUCUUUGAGUUGAAGAUCUACUUAGCCAUAUUAUAUGAGAUCGGAGCCAGACAAUUCAUCGUGAACAACAUAGGUCCUCUUGGGUGUUUGCCAUCUCUUAGAUACAAGACUAUUUCUGGGCAGUGCGAUGAAGACAUGAACAAUCUUAUCAUGCCAUACAACUAUCGGCUUCCUAAGUGGCUUAAAACUUGGACUCAUUAUGAUUACAGUGGUAGUGGUAUUACCUUUGUCUUGGCAGAUAGCUAUGGUCUUCUUAAUCAUAUGGUCUACCACCCUCAAGAAUUUGGGUUUAAAGAUGUAAAACACCCAUGUUGCGGACAGGAUGUAAAUGGGGAAUUAGAGUGCCCCCCCAACACCACUCCGUGUAGCAACAGAGAUGAAUAUCUCUUCUUUGAUGGUGCACAUACCAGCCAAGUGGCCAAUCUUGAAUUCGCCCUAUUAUGCGCCAAUGCAACAAUCUGCAGAGUUAUUGAAUAAACAUGUUUAUGAAGUGUUUGGGAUGAAAAAGAAGCUCUCUUUUUUGUUGAAGUUAUGGGGACAACAAUUAAUUGAAUGGUGAAAUAUUUAGUAUUUUUUUAGGGUUGUGAACAUUUCUUAUCUUUUCUAUACCAUUUAUCUUUUUGGGCAAUUACCAUUAUGUAGUUUUUAGAAAAAAUUAUUUACAGAUGUGUUUGGUUUUC